AUGUCCGCCGCCCGCGCCAUCCGCCAAGUCUUCCUGGCCAUCGAGCAAGCUGAAGGCGCAGGCGCCCGCGUCCGCCGCUCAAUCGGCACCCCCAAGCUCCGCAACUUCAGCCCAUUCCUAAUGCUAGACCACUUCACCAUCGGCAAGGGCGCCGGUUUCCCAGACCACCCCCACCGCGGCCAAGAAACAAUUACCUACCUACUCUCCGGCGGCGUCGACCACGAAGACUUCGCCGGCAACAGGGGCACGAUCGGACCCGGCGAUCUGCAAUUCAUGACAGCGGGCCGGGGAAUCAUGCACGCGGAGAUGCCGCACGAGAACGCGGACGGCAGUCCGAAUGUCGGCAUGCAGCUCUGGGUCGAUCUGCCGAAGGAGUUGAAGAUGUGCGAGCCGCGGUACCGGGAUCUGCGCAGUGGGGAAAUUCCCGUUGCGACUGUUGAUGAGGGCCGUGUUCGUGUGAAGGUUAUCUCGGGACAGUCGCAUGGGAUUGAUUCGGUGAGGGAUUUGGCGUAUACGCCGGUUUGGUUGCUUGAUGUUACCAUUGCGCCUGGGGGAAGUAUUAAGCAGCCGCUGCCGGUUGGGUGGAAUACGUUUGCUUAUACGCUUGAGGGGGAGGUGGUUUUUGGGUCGAAUGAUGCUACGCAACGGGUGAAGGAGUUUCAUAAUGUUGUUUUUGAGCAGAGUGGGGAUUUUGUGGAGGCUUCUGUUCCUAGGGAUGCGGAGGGUGGGGCGAGGUUUAUCGUUGUUUCGGGUCAGCCGCUUGAUCAGAAGGUUGUGCAGUAUGGGCCUUUUGUGCUGAAUAGUCAGGAGGAGGUUUAUCAGGCUAUGGUUGAUUUUCAGAGUGCGCAGAAUGGGUUUGAGAAGUCGCGGAAUUGGCAGAGUGAGAUUGGGAAGCGGAUGGGGAACUGA